AUGUCUUUUGGUGCAGUGGCUAUGAAAUUGGACAUGGAGAAAGCGUUUGAUCGAAUGGAAUGGACUUUUGUUCUUACUAUCAUGCAGAAAAUGGGGUUUAGCGAAAAAUGGUGCCAACUUAUUAAUCAGUGUAUAAGUACUUCUUCCAUCUCUAUUAUUUUAAAUGGGUCUCCCACUGCUUCUUUCGUUCCAUCUAGGGAUUUACGUCAGGGUGAUGCUUUGUCGCCUUAUAUCUUUAUUUUAUGUAUGGAGGCAUUCAAUAGAAUGUUACAAAAAGCGGAAGAUACUGGUUUGAUCAAACCUUUGCAUCCUGCAGAUAGAGGCCCAAAAAUGGUUAAUCUCCAAAAAUCCAGUAUUCAUUUCAGCAAAAAUUUAGAUGUAACAGCUAAACAAUUUAUUAUGCAUCUGGUUCGUAUGAAGUUUAUGCCUUUGAAUGAGAAAUACUUAGGUAUCAAUUUGUUUAUUGGCAGAACUAAGAAUGAUUGUUUUGAUGAAACAACGAAUAAAAUGGAUUUCAGACUACAAUCUUGGCAAGGGAAAUUAAUCAAUCAAGCAGGCAGGAGUACUCAAAUCCAAGCUGUGGUGGGAACAAUGGCAAAUUUUCAGCUGGGAUGUUUGAAGAUUCCAGAUAAGUCAAUCAAGAAACUCGAAUCUUUACAAAAAAAUUAUUGGUGGAAUAAACCAUCUUCGAAAGGUUAUAAGAUCAUUGGCUGGUCAGAAAAGGAUGCAAAAUGGGUUCAAAUGUUGCAAGCUAGAUAUUUUCAAGACUCGGAUCCAUUAUAUGGGAGAAUUCAGAAGAAAGAAACAUGGAUUUGGCAGAGUAUACAACAAGGUUUAUCUUGGAUCAGAAAGUUUCAUGUUUGGGAAGUAGUGGAUGGAUCUACAAUUGAUGUUGGUAAGGGUCAAUGGUUUGGGGAUUACUCUCAAGAUGUUAAUUUACAAAAUCUCUCUAUGCAGGCUACUAAUUUCAAAGUUUCGGAUUUUAUAGACCAUCCAAAUAGGUCGUGGAGGCAGGAUACUCUAAGUCAGCUCUUUACAAGCACUCAAAUCUCACAAAUUAUGGAUAUUCGUAUUCCUCCCCAACCAGCUGUUGAUAAGUUAAGAUGGUAUCUUACUACUUCAGGAAAUUUUUCAGUUAGUUCGACUUACAAUGCCAUUAUCAAACUCCAUUCUUCCCAGGUGGUUACAAGACAGCAAGAACAAAUGUGGUUGUUAAUUUGGCAUCUAGCUAUUCCUUUUAAAUGUCAUAUGUUCAUCUGGAAAAUCACAAGGAACAUAUUACCAGUUGCAGCUAGAUUUCAGAGAAUUGCUUGGGUAUCUAAUCCUAACUGUGUGAUGCGUGAUAAUGCAACUGAAACUGUAGAACAUUUGCUUCUUCAUUGUCCAUUUUCUCGUGAAGUCUGGUUUGGAGUAGCCUUAUCGAUAUUCCAAGAUGCUAAUGCGUAUCGGAGUAUAAGUGAAUGGAUACUAUCCUGGGUAGAAAAGGAUAAUUUGGUAUGUAGUAAGAAAAAAGAGUUGAUAAAUCUAGUUGUUAUUACCAUGUGGCAUAUCUGGAAGACUAGAUGCGUGAAAGUUUUUGAUGGAAAGCAUUUGCAUCCUAGAAGUGUUGUAAAACAGAUUUUUACAUUUUCCCAUCAAAAUAACAUAUGCAUAAACACUGGUUAUAACAGGGAUAGACAAGAAUCUAGAGAUCUAACUCCUCAGCAUUGGAGUUCUCCCCCUUUAAAUUGGAUUAAGAUGGACAUUGAUGUUUCCAUGUUGCCUAAUACCAAUUUUGCUGCCGUGGUCAUCACAUUAAGAGCUAGAGAUAUUUUCCAAGCUGAAGAUAUUGUUGUGUUACAAGCCACCAGAUGGAUUGCAGAAAGGAACUUCAGCAAAAUUAUUCUAGAAGGGGAUAAAAAAAUCAUUAUCGAAGCUUUAAACUCAGGAAAGUUAGAAGGUGUGAAAUGGGAGGAUCAUUCAAUGUUGUUGGAAUGUCUAAGUCUGAUCAAUAAGUUGCAUGACUUUCAAGUCCAGUUUCAUCCUAGAAGAUGGAAUAGGGUAGCUGAUGCCUUGGCCAAAUACGCAAGGAACAAUCAGGUUAAUGGUUACUGGGUGACUGAACCACCUAAGGUUAUAAAUCAUCUUAUUCUGAAGGAUAAGGCUGAUUGCAUUAUGUAA